CGUCCGCCCCGGCACCGAUUGUUGACAAAAGACGCUGCGAGACGGAGCCACGGAGCCCGGUGCUGGUGAGCAGAUCUGCCCGGUUACUCCACUUCUCUCCCCGUUAAAGAAGACCAACACUGGGACUCUUGUGUCGCUUUAACCGUGUGGCCGAGGUGAUUCGGUUGUCGGUGGUGGUCGGACCGCAGCAGGCCGGUGUGAAGUGGACGCCCUCCUCCUCCUCCUCCUCCUCCUCUUCCUCAUAUUUACCGAGAAAACCAGCAGCCAAGAUGGGUCACUCGUGAGUCGAAGGGUCAGACCGGCGUUACAGGAGGAGGCGGCUGCCGUGGGCAGGUCUAUUCAGCCGGGAAUGGUGUGAGCUGACACGGAUAGGCAGUCUGGAUCUGACCGGGGACCCGUCAUUCCCCCGGAGCCUCCGUGGCUCCAAGCCGCGUCCUGAGCCCUCCAAGAUGGGGAAGUGCGACGGGAGAUGCACGCUGCUGGUGAUAUGUUCACUGCAGUUGGUGGCAGCCCUUCAGCGGCAAGUGUUUGAUUUCCUGGGCUACCAAUGGGCUCCCAUCCUGGCCAACUUCCUGCACAUCAUGGCCGUCAUCCUGGGCAUGUUUGGCACCGUGCAGUUUCGCUUCAGAUACCUUAUCUUUUAUGCAGUAUGGCUGGUCCUUUGGGUGGGUUGGAACUCGUUCAUUAUCUGUUUCUACCUGGAAGUUGGAAACCUGUCUCAGGAUAGGGACUUUCUCAUGACGUUCAACACGUCCCUUCAUCGUUCGUGGUGGAUGGAGCAUGGUCCCGGUUGCCUGGUAACGCCAGUGCUCGACUCUCGCAUGGCCCCUGACGACCACCAUGUCAUCACUGUCUCUGGGUGUCUCCUCGACUACCAGUACAUAGAGGUUUUAAGUUCAGCCAUUCAGGUCCUAUUGGCUCUUUUUGGAUUCGUAUACGCCUGCUACGUGAGCAAAGUCUUCCAGGAUGACGAGGACAGCUUUGAUUUCAUCGGUGGCUUUGACUCGUACGGCUACCAGCCUCCUCAGAAGUCCUCCCAUCUGCAAUUGCAGCCUCUUUACACGGCUGGUUAACUGCUGGCAGUGCCCCCUUCAGGACAAACCCUGACGGUGUCACAGUGGAUGGAAAGCGGCGGUUGCCUCGAUAACACUCAACUCUGUGUGUCACAGUUAACCGGAGGAAUGGACUUACCCCAGCCGGAGGGAGAGACGUCUGCGUGUGUGCAUGUGUGCUUGUGUCUGAGAGAGAGAAACGUAUCCCUGAAUAGAAUGUACAGAGCUCAGGGAAGAACCAGCAUGCCAGGUGGAGUGAUAAGAUGACGUGGGAGGAGAGGUGCAGAGAACAAGAGCUGGGGACACCUCUGUCAAUUCACAGAAGACACACUUCACUAAACUGCCAGCUCUCAACACUCCCACAAGUGUGUGUGUGUAUAUGUGUGUAUGUGUGUGUGUGUGUGUGUGUGUGUGUGUGUGUGUGUGUGUGUGUGUGUGUGUGUGUGUGUGUGUGUGUGUGUGUGUGUGAUUGUGUUACACCACAAGACUGGCUGGUGCUUUGUGGUGGCACCCUGGACUCUUACCACUCGG